AUGGAGGAAGAUGCGACUCUCAAUGCAAGCAGUGAAGAUGCCGGUACCGUUGUCUUCUUGUUUCCUCCGCCGGGACGGGCACCAUGGUCUUUGUCGCGCGUAUGGGCUGCGUGUAAGCUGUGGGUGCUGGAUUAUCUGACACCAGCGCAUGAUAGUGGCGUGAUAGAUAAGCGUGUGCAGGUUCUCAUGCAGAAGCACGAGGAAAGUGUGAAGUUGUUGGAGGAGAAUUUUCCUAGACAGAGACUGUGGUAUCUGGAGGUUGUAGCUGUGCAUCCCUCGUUACAGUCACGGGGACUCGGCGGGGGUGUGAUGAGAUGGAUCUUGGAUCAUAUUAAGGAAGAGCCGGUGUAUUUGGAAUGCACGCGACAAGAGAAUGUUAUGUUUUAUGAGGGUUUUGGAUUCAAGGUGGCCGAAGUGGUUGAGAUGUUUGAGGAUGGGUCUUAUACAGAUGGUGAUCAUGGUUUCAAGCAUUGGGUUAUGGUUCAUCCAGGCAAGAAUGCUAGUUAG